AUGCUAGAUAAACAAAUUGCCUUUGAGCAAGCAACACUAAGACGUCUACUAGAGAAGGAGAGGAGACCUGCGCGUCUCCCUCCUCCUCCUAUAGGGGCCCCUAUAUUUAGGGGGAUAACGGGGGCCCCCCAACCCCAAUUGGUAACGGCGCCCCCUACCCCAGUAGCGGCCUACUCGACCCCCGCUCUAGUCGUGGAAGGGGCCCCAGGGGCCCCUGGGGCCCCUAGGGGCCCCCUGACGGAGGGUAUAGAUGAAGCUGGAGGGUCUCCGAGGCCCCCCAAGAGAGAAGUUGAAGAUGAGGUGCCCUUGGGGCCCCCCAUGCUGAGCCAAGGAGGAGGAGAGGGGCCCCCCCCUUCGUUCCCUUCUGGUGUCUCCGAAGACACAAGAAUAAAUCCAGGUAGGAGCAGGGAAGAGGCAUAUAAGGAAGAAAAGGAGACAGGGGGUACAGGCGGGGAGACAGGAGAAGCAGCAAGAAAGGAGACAGACAGAGGAGGGGUGCAGCAAGAUAGUAUACACCAUACAGCAAGACAGCAGCAGCAAGGGACUAUUCCUGCUGCAGCAGUGGAGACACUUAAGCAAGCACAACCAGAUGGAGCAGCAACAGCAGAAGUACCAGCAGCAGCAGCAGCAGCAGCAGCAGAUACUACUAUGCCAUGGUAUAAGACAGUAGCAGGUAUUGGUCUUAUCUUAAUAUCCACGGCAUUAUUAUUGUUGUUUUGUUUCCGUUGUUACAUGAAGAGGAGGGAGCAGGGAGUAGGGGGCCCCCUAGGUGGGGGGCCCCCCAAUAGUACCCUUGGGGCCCCCGGACAAGGGGUACAGCAGCAGCAACAAGGUAUUAAGGAAGAAAAUAAAGGAAAAAGGCCUUCUUCUGCUGCUUACUCCCAUCUAUCUGAUCAACAUAAUGUAAGAGAUCCAGAGAAUGGCCAUUGGUGGGAUCAAGAAGAAGAAGAAGAAACUAACGCAUUCGGACCCUCUUAA